GCUAUUAAAUAUGAAGUCGGUGACGUCCUUGAAAUUCUCCCCAGUCAAAAUCUUGCUGCAGUAGAUGCUUUCACUUCGUUGUAAUUUGGACCCUGAAUCGUUCAUCACUGUCCAUAAUUCUGAGGUAGAAACUCAGCUUCUUGAUACUCAUGUCCCCAUCAAAUUAAGAACUUUUGUUGAGUUGACAAUGGAUGUUGCAUCAGUUUCUCUUUGGCGCUAUUUCUUUGUGGCAAGAUUCAAUAUGUAA